AUGACAAUAGUUGAAGAUCAUUUACCACAAUAUAAACAAUAUUAUUGGGGAAUACCCGAUUCACCGAUCGAUUGGUGCGAAUUAAAUUAUGAAGUUUCCCCAUAUAUAUGCGAAUUCUACAAUACUAUAUCGAGUUUUGCCAUCACUGCUUUCGCAGUGUAUGGUAUGUAUCUUUUGGUGUAUCCGUACGGCACCACCAAGUUGCUGCAGCACAUCAAAAUAGUAAAGGCACUCGAUAUACGCAAUAAAGUGAUGGUUGCCUACGUGGCACUGUCGACGGUCGGUGUCGGUUCAGCAUUCUACCACGCAACACUCCUCUACAAACACCAGCUAUUCGACGAAUUCCCAAUGAUCAUUUCGAUCAGUUGUUUCCUCUACUGUUUUUUCACAAUCAAUCCGGUGAGCAAAGCCGACAGCAAGUACUACAAACUGUUCCGUUUCCUGCUGCCCUACGUGCUGACCCUCUACUUCCUGGUGGUGGCAUCGACCAUCUACGUCAUUCGUAACAUACCGACAAUUUUGUGGCGAUAG